AACACACGAGCAGACAAACAACACACACCCGAUUGUCUCUCUCCGGCGAACUAGGCGGCGGUGGAGCCGCCAUAGGCUGCGGUGGUCCGGCGAACAUGUCCGGCCAAACACCCCCUCCCUCUCCGCCUCACCCGCACACCCACAAUCGCUCCAUCUCCCUCUCCGGUGCUUUUUCCGGCGACGAACCGGCUCCGAUCGGAGCUCCGGCGAGCCACACUCACACCGGUAAGCCCCCCACCUUCUGAGUCCCUCCGAUCUACACCCCCACCCCCUUUCUAUUUCUGAAACAAACCACCACCACCACUAACCGGUGGUGGUGCGGCGGUGCAACGUAAAGAGAUGCGGAGCAAGAGAGUCUGAGAGGUGAGAGAGAGAGAGAUGAGAAGAGUAUGAGAACCGGCGGUCGAUGCCAUUGACCGCCGAACAUUGUCUUUAUCCGGCGAAGUACACCGGUUUCGGGUCCGAUUGGUUCAAGUUCAGGUUAUUUAGGUAAGUUUCGGUUCAGAUUAGAUGCUCCAAAGUUUGGCUCAGUUUUGGUCACGGGUCGGUUUCUCGGUACGGUGGUCGGCGACAAGGACCGGCGGUCCUUGUCAUUAUCCGACGGAUUCUGGUUUCUUACGACAAAACUUCACGGUUGAGGAGGAUCUGAGAACAAUGUUGAUGGUGUUGAAGACAGUUGUGGUGUUACGACAUCAUUGCCGGCGACAGGUGGUGGUUAUAUUUGUUUCAACUCAUAUGCGGUAUAAAUUGGUUGUUCGGGUUACAUGGAAACACAGCGGGUUUGGUCUUGGUUCGGUUCACUCGGCUUCAGCUCGUGUUCACCAAAAAAUGAAGAGGUGGGUUUUGUUGGCGUCUCGGGUCAGAUCCGGUUCAAGUCUCGGGUCAUGGCUCGAGAUUAGUUCAGAUGAUGAAUUGGUUCAAGUUGUGGUUCAAGUUAUUCACGUGACGUUUCGGGUCAAGCUCCAGGUCUGGUCAACGACUCGGUCAACACCUGGUCAACGCUAGUCAAACGUCAAAACGGUUCAUGCUCAGUCAAGGCUAGUCAACGGGUAUCGGUUCGAGUCGGGUCAACACUUCGGGUCAACUCGGUCAACCGAGUCGACUCAGUCAACAGGAGUCAACCCGGUUGACUCAGUCAACUCACCGAGUCAACUUAGUCCACGCAACGAGUCAACUCAGUCAACUCGGUUGACUCGGUAACCCAGUCAACUUUUUCGGCGUUCGACACGAAGAGUGGUACAAUCAAAAUGGAUGAUGAACCGAUUCCUUGGAAGGAUGAUCGUACAGAGGAACAGAAGUACCAAUACAGGAAGUUGAUUGCUGAAACAAAGAUUAUCAGACUUUCUGGUGUAUACUUGGAAGCAAGAAGAGCAAAUCGUUGGGAUCCAGACAGAAAUUGCUAUCUUGAUCGGUAUGGCAAUGUGGCGAUUGAUGACAAAACGCUAGAUGUUGAAGCCAUCAUUCAAGAGUACAAAGAAGAUGAUGAGUAUUGGCAACACAAGUGGUGGGGAACACCAACGUCAAAGAUGAUUGAAGAAGAAAAAGAGAAAGAGAGAAAGGAGAAAGAAGAGAAAGAGAGAAAAGAAAUGGAAGAGAAAAAGAUGAAUGGAAAAUGUUCGAAUUGUGAAAAAUCAGAAGCAGACAGUGUGAAACUCUUGAAGGAUGUGGAGAGUUUGACAUUGGAAAACAAUUCUCUGAAGAUCAAGAAGAAGGCUGAUAAUGAACAGAUUUUGGAGUUAUGCUUGAACUAUGAAAAGAUAAAAUCUGAGAAUGAUAAACUGUUGGUUGUUCGGGUUACAUGGAAACACGGCGGGUUUGGUCUUGGUUCGGUUCACUCAGCUUCAGCUCGGGUUCACCAAAAAUGA